AGUGUACUGGAAUCGCCUUGCGACGAGGCAGCCUGUGCUCCGCGAAGUGACAGGAUCUGCUUCGGAGCGCACACACCUAUACAAAGUGCGGCCUCCUUUGCCGCACAAGGUGCGUGGUGAGCAGUUCGUUGAAUACAACCAAUGACCUCCGUGACGAGUGCCACGCCUCACUUUUGUUGUUUGAAAUACACAACCAACCUCACAAAGAUACACGCCGCUUUUUUUCCUUUCUGGUCGGCACCAUUUUUCACCGCUGAGCGGCUUUUACCCUCCACGUCCAUCGAACGGUCAUUUGACUCGCUCUCCGCUACAGCAUCCCGAUCAUGUCCGUGAGAGUCGCAGUUCGGACUCGCCCACUCAGCGAGAACGAGUUGAAGACCAACGCCGAGGUAAUCGUCCGCAUGAACGGGAAUGAGGUCUCCGUAGUUGAAUCCGUGGAGGGGUACGGUGGAACGUUCCUGUACGACAGCGCGCUCUGGUCGACAGGUCGGGUCGUCGAAGGGUCCUCGAAUGCGGAGGCGUCGCAGGCGUACGUGUACGACGCCAUCGGCGCGGAGCUCCUUGAGCACAUCAUGACUGGCUACAACGGCUGCAUCUUCGCCUACGGGCAGACCGGCAGCGGAAAGACGUACUGCAUGAUGGGCACCACCGAGAGCGCCGGUCUCAUCCCGCGCAUUGCGCAGAACCUUUUCGAGGCGUCAGCGGCGCUGCGCAGCGAGAACGUGGAGGUCUGCGUCGAGGUCUCCUACUACGAAAUCUACAAUGAGAAGGUGCGCUGCCUGCUCCGGCCGACGCAGGGCGGCUACGACGACACGCAGCUGCGCGUCCGCGAGCACCCCAAAUACGGCCCGUUCAUCGAAGGACUCGCCAAGUUUGUGGUGCGCACGCAGGGGGAGUUUCUGAAGCUCAUGAGCGACGGCAAUAAGGUGCGCACGACGGCCUCCACCGCGAUGAACGCGACCAGCAGCCGCUCACACGCCGUCUUCGCCAUCACACUGACGCAGAAGCAGAAAAAAGGCAUCCUCGUCACGCAGAAAACGUCGCGGCUCAACCUGGUCGAUCUCGCCGGCAGCGAGCGGGCCUCCAAGUCGCUGGCGACGGGGAAGCGGCUGACGGAGGGAUCGAGUAUCAACUUGUCGCUGACGUGCUUAGGCAACGUCAUCAGCGCUCUGGCGGAGGUGGAGGAGACGGGAAAGAGCCGGCACAUCCCGUACCGCGACUCGACGCUGACGUGGAUUUUGAAGGACAACCUUGGCGGCAAUUCCAAGACCGUCAUGCUCGCCACCAUCAGCCCCUCCUCCAUGCAGUACGAGGAGACGAUGAGUACGCUGCGCUACGCGGAGCGGGCGAAGAAGAUUGUGAACAAGGCCGUCGUGAACGAAACAAACAACAACGAGCUCGUCGCGGCGCUGCAGAAGGAGAUUUCCUUCUUGAGGAGUCAGCUGGUCAGCGCGUCAACGAACGAGCGGGAACGCCUGCUGGAGGAGCUGGAAGCCAGCGAGGCCGUCAAAAAGGAGCUCACCUCCUCGCUAGAGGAGAAGCUGGCCGACACGAAGCGUCUCAUGGAGGAGCGAGAGGAGUACAUGCGAGGGCUCGAGGCGAAGCUGAACGCGCAGAUGGAGGAGAUCGAACAUUUGCGCGUUGCGAACGACGAAAAGGAGCGGCGUAUCGAUGCGCUGCUUCGUCGCAUUCAGAGCCUCGACGUCGCAGGCAGCGAACCCAACAGGGAAAAGGUGGAGGAGAUCCGGGAGCAGGUGGCAGCUUUGGAGCAAGAGCAGAAGGCGACCGAGACGCACAUGCGCGAGCGUCAGAAGCAGAUUCGCGGCUCCAUCGGCGUGUCAGAAAACGACGACGACGGCCCAUCGUUUUCCUUGGCUGCCUCAUUGGCGCCCCCCUCGGCACGGUUUCCACCUGCGACGACGGCGCAGCUGCCGGCGUUUGAAGAACAAGGGGCCGAUGAAGCAGAGCUGCCGACAGCGGUAAGAGCUGCAAUCCAGCGGAGUCGCACCUCCUCCAUCGCGCAGUUCAACAUCGAAGAGGAGCCGUUGGCAGAAGCGAUGGAAGAGGCGGACGAUGACCUCACUUUAGAGUCCCACCACGAGAGCGUGGAUGAGGGCCUGGCGGCCGACGAGGACUUAAUCUUCGACGACGAACUCGAAAUCUCCGCGCCGGCUGACUCCGACUUGGAUGAGUUGCUCGUGGACGACUCAGAUUUGCGGGUGCCGCCAGACAGCGCCGAAUCAGAAAGGAAGGAGGCGCCGAAGGAGGAGGUAGGAGUGCUGCGUUCCGACUCUGCUGACGCUCUGACGGAAGAAGAGAAGCCGGGAAAACGAUCGGUGGAGGUUCAGGUAAGUGCGACGGCCGCAGAAGCAGCGGCGACGCCGUUCCCUCGUGGGGAUACCUCUUCGCAGAUAGACGCACCUGCUCUACUAUUGCCGACGAGCAACGCUUCACGAACGGUAUUGCAGGACGCGCCAUCUCCUUCACCACCGCAUCAGCCUCUGUCCCCUUCCCUAUCCCCCCUUCCCUCUCCCGCGGUCUGUGACACGAAGAUGGAAGAGGUGGCGGCAAACAAUGAAACGGCAGCUGCAGCCACCGCGGCCCCCGUCCCCCGCGCCGAAUCACUCUCUUCACAGCAGCCAACGCAGCAAGGUGCGACCAUCAUCGAGAUGCAGGUCGCCCUGGAGGAGUUCUUCACCAAGUCACGCGACCGACCCGAGAUCUACGCACCCAACGAGCACACGGCGCAGCUUGUCAUUCCUUCUCAUGCCUUGCCCAACAACCGCUUUCUGCGCGAGGCCUUCCGUGUCUCCAAGAUGCGCGAGACGGAUGUGCUAAAGCACAAGAAGGACCGUAUCUGGGAAAUUGACAUGUUCAGCAGCCGCUUCAGCAACCUGGACACGGCCGGCGUGAAGUCGUUCGAUCUUCCAACGAUGAAUUUGUUUCGUGUCGAGAAGAACGCGACGCACUCGCGGCGUCUCGCGCUGUACUUCUUUGACGCCCCGCACCCGUACGAGCUGGAGUUCACCUCGACAGCACGUCGCCAGCAGUUCUUUGAACUUUCCAUGCUGCUGCGUCGCAACUCCAUUCUGUGGUGCCCGUCGCUUUGCCUGGACGGCGAGAACGACGUGACAAUUACCGUUCGGGGCACCACCAUUGACCGCCCGAGCCACAACGGCAUUCCCGUCAGCGGAGAGGUGAAGAUGACGGUGGCACGCAUGCCGUACGAGGUGAUCGACCUGUGGUACGGCUGCUUCUCCCUUGACAACAAACCGCUGCCGCACAGCACGGCAGUCUUCAGCGGCUACCUUCCUAAAGAGCAGCGUGAGAUCUACGUGAUCGGAGUCACCGACGUGCCCGCCUCCCUUCUCGGGACAGACGAGCUGGGGCGCUACUUUCUGGCGUACUUGGGGACGGUCACGUACUUUGUUCUCGCCAACACUGCGAUCACCUCGAAGAAGCACCAAGCAAACAAUGCCGUGCUGGUGCUGUGCAAGCGCUCUUUUAUUGUGCGGGUAGCCAACAUCGAGCUCUUCGACAACGUCGCCGUCCACAAAGACGGCGUCCACAGAGGCGACUUCAGCGCAACCGGGUGUGCCCUUCGCAUCAACGAAUCCUCGAUCGGCAUCAUUUUGGUCAACACGAAGCCGGGCAGCUACACCCCAUCUACCCGGGCCGCGUGUAUUCGCACACUUCUCUCCAGCUUUCCAUUUGCUGACGCUGCGGUAGACAUUUCGAUGCGGUUCGACUACUUUGUGGUGUCCGGCGCCUUCCACUUCGGCGGCGACUUUAGCGCCGAGGACGCGUUGAUCCGCGAGAUUCUGUCGGAUAAUCUCAUGUCGAACAUGCGCGAGAUGGAGCCAAGCGCGACGCUGCGCUGCUCGACCGCGCCGCUGCGCAUUUUCUACUCCGUGCGGCCGAGCGUCUCGCGCAUGGACGUCUCCGCGUACUCGACGUCGCGUGCGCUGGGCCUCGCCAACGCGUUUAUCGCGGCGGAUGUGUUUUGCCAGCGCUCGUUUCUCAGCCUCUUUGGGGAAACGGUGCCGCACGUGCAGAUCCUCCUCGAACGGGUGACUGUCAGCGGAGCGCGACUGCCCUCCAUCGGCGGAGCUGAGCUCCAGAUUUCAAUGGACGCCGCGGAGGGCUCCCCCAUGUACUACCAGCUGACGAAGCGGGACGGCAACUACAUCAUCCCCGUUUUCACUGAGCCGUGUCUUCAGCCUUGCGUCAGUAACCUCGAGUAUCUGCGCCUGCAGACGCUCACGUUCACCGUUCUCGGCAGCGUGGGGUCGAUGGAGGCGCACAAGCGCAUUGUCGUCGCCUCCGGGGUGUUUCCGCUGAAGUCUGUCGUCCUCGCAGAGCCCGCCCUGCUGCACAUCCCUCUCUACUACCGAGGGUGCACUGUGGGUAAGCUGACGGCCGUCCUCCACCAACUGUACUACGAGCGCAACAGCGCCGAGGUCAGCGCGCUCGGCUUCCACGACGCGCGGUGUGUGACGCUUGUCACGUGUUUCGAGAACGAGAUCCGUCGACCCAGCGGCAGGUGGGUGCCGGCCUCCCCUGUGGAAGGCGGCGUGUGCCAUUUCUCCUCGCACGACCCAACGCAGGCGCGCGAGCGAGACGAGUUUCUGCUGCCCGAUCCGCACACGUGGCGCUGGCUUACGGAGUGGCAGCACGACCAGCGCGAGGACGACUCGCAAGGUUGGGUGUACGCAGAUGGGGUCGAGGCGGAGCUGCAACUCACCGCCACCGCGACCACCAGCAUCCGACGCCGCCGGUGGACGCGGAUGAUGCAAGCCAGCAACCCCAUUGUCUACCACGGCUACCUCGCGCAGAAGCUAUCGGAUGGUGCGUAA